UAUUAUUAUGUGGCGAUUACUGCCGCCGUGGCCGGGCCGGAGCAGCGACGAGAAGAGCGACUCUUUUCAGUAGGCGGGUGGAGCAGUGCCGGACCAGUUCGAUACAAGUGCCGCACUCGUCGCAAUAAUUAUUGCAUGCUGCCAGCUUGGUUCGUUCGUUCAUGAAUUUGAGUGCCAAGAGCGAGCCGCACGCCGCAGACCAUUCUCAGGACACGAUGCUGCUCGACCUGAGGGACAACUGCCGGGCCCAGGCCCAGGGCCCGCUGACGGCGCUCACCUCGAUGACCGAGAGCAAGACGCCGCCUCCAGGCAGCUCGGCCAGCUCCAGUCCCCGCUUGCCGGCUACGCCGCACGGCAUCGAGCACAUCCUCAACAAGCCGUCCGCCCUGCCCAACGCGCACAACCCCCAACCACCCCUCAACCAGAGGCUCGCGGCCGCGAUUGCAGCCAACAUGUACUUAAACCCGAUGCACCAUUCGCUGAGCAGAAACAAUCCGGUGAUAUACUGGCCAGGUCUUCAGGGCUUGGUGGCAAACCCUUUGGCGUGGAGAGAUAGACUUGCACCACCCCACUCUGUGUGGAAUUCGCAGCAGAGCGGCAACGGCCACCAACAGCAGCAGCACCAACAGCACCAUCAGCAGCAAGCGUCGUCGCACCCCGACAAGGACCAGAGCAAGAAGAAGCACACGAGGCCCACCUUCAGCGGCCAGCAGAUCUUCGCCCUCGAGAAAACCUUCGAGCAGACCAAGUACCUGGCCGGCCCCGAGAGAGCAAAACUCGCCUUCGCCCUCGGAAUGACCGAAUCGCAAGUCAAGGUGUGGUUCCAGAAUCGGCGUACCAAGUGGCGGAAGAGACACGCGGCCGAGAUGGCAACGGCAAAGCGGCGGCAGGAAGCGGCCGAGGAUGAGGCGGAAGAAGACCUCGACGAGCAGGAGCACUGAGACAGUCCCAUUCCCAGGCCGAUUGAGUGUUUUUUGCGGUUUGUCCGCGCCGCGCGGUGAUACUGUUCAAGUGCAGACGCAGAGACUAUGUUUUAGAUAUUCGUGUCGUUGCAUGUACGUUGAGUGUGCUGCAGUAAAGUUUUCUUUUCAAAUGCAAACGCAAACACACCCUUUGAAUUGUAUAUGUACUCUCGAACAAUGCGGCCGGUUUUAAAUUAAAUUGUUAGAUUUUUGGUGUGCGAGGCGAAUACCAAAGAAAGUGAUAUUAAUUUAAUCAAUUUUAGUUCAGUGAUAGAAUAAUUACACUGCAAUCUUUUAUUAUUGUAAGCUUGUAAAAGACUAUAGCCCUACACGUUGCUGCUGAUUUGUCGAUGUACCAAAAGUCAAGUAGCGGUCGUGUAACACGUUGAGUCUCUUAAGUGAUUUUUCGUCUAUGUUAAAUUAACAUAUUAUAAAUAUACAAAACGCAAUUAUGCAGCUAUGUUCGCACGACUGAUCGCACGUGUACCAAUCAGCAUGUAAAUGUUGCCAAAUAAACAGCC